GAGAGCUAAAGUGCAAAUUCUAUAAACAAGAGUUAGUGGGGUCCACAAGAGAGAGAAACAAAGCGUCCACUGUAAUUACUCGGAAGAGACUUUCUUUUUGUUUCUUCUCAUAGAUUCUCGAGAUAGAAAGCCCACGUUUCUGGAGAGAGAAACCAAAAGUAAACGAGGAGAACAAGAAGAAGAAGCAAGUUGAGUUGAUCGGUCUCCGGCGAAAACGUUGUCGGACAGUGGUGGUCUGAAGGCGGACAUCCUUCCUUUCGUCUCCGGGGACAAGUGUUGUUCUGUUUUUAUUUUUCUUUUCUUUUUUUCUUCAAGGUUUGAUUGAUUCGAAGGGGAAUAUUCGCGGUUAGUUAGGAUUGAAUCUGAGGGAGGAAUAGAUGAAAGCUCUGAGAAGGAUACAAACGACGUCAUCGUCUUCCAAUCCUUCAUCGCCAUUAACAUCUCCUCGUUCUCCCUCCUCAUCUUCUUGGAUCCAUUUGCGUUCUGCUCUCUUCGUCGUCGCAUCUUCCUCUCCUUCCUCCUCUUCUUCUGAUCGGGCUCGUCUCAAGUCGCCAUGGUCACAUAAGAAAAGGAAAAGGCCACUCAGAGCUAAGCAGUGGAAGAGGUUCUUCACUUCCGAUGGUAGACUUCGUAACGGCGGUGUUGAUUUGUUGAGGAAAGUCCGAAGAAGAGGUAUUGAGCCAAGCAUUCGGUUUGAGGUCUGGCCUUUCCUUCUUGGAGUGUAUAGCUUUAAUAGUUCCAAAGCAGAGAGAGUUACUAUAAGAACAUGGAGAAGAAAGGAGUACGAGAGGCUACGCAGGGAGUGCAAGCGGCUUCAAAAACACAACAACGGAACUCUCAAGUUCAACACUAUGCAAGAUGAGUAUGACUGGCCACAAGCCCAAGACACUGACAGUUUAUGUUCUGAUGAAGUUGUCAGUGCCCGCGAGUCUCUCUCUAGUGACGAAGAUCUCGGUUACAUGAGCGGAGUUUCAUGUACUGUGGAGAGAGCCAACAGCAGCUCUAGACGAAUCACCAAUGCUACUAUCUCCACUCUCAACUCCGAUUCAUCAGAUUCAGACUCUUCAGACGAGAGUGAAGUGGUUCAGGUCUUUCAGUCUUCAGCUACUCCGGAUGUGAAUCCAGCCAGCUCAUCUAUCCCUCGGACAGAAGAGGAUUUCGUGACGUGGCAGCGUAUCAUCCGUCUAGAUGCCGUGCGUGCUAACUCAGAGUGGACUCCUUGUUCUCCAUCCCAGGCGGCUAUAUCCGAGGACAGAGCCUGUCGUGCUGCUGAAGCUGUCGGGUUAAAAGACUACCACCACCUGGAACCGUACAAGAUCUUCCAAGCUGCUAGGCUCGUUGCUGUUCUCGAAGCCUAUGCUUUGUAUGACUCUGACAUUGGCUAUUGUCAAGGAAUGAGCGAUCUUCUAUCUCCAAUACUCUCUGUGAUCCCUGAUGACCAUGAAGCCUUUUGGUGUUUUGUCGGGUUCAUGAAGAAAGCUCGGCACAAUUUCAGACUUGAUGAGGUCGGUAUCAGAAGACAACUCAACAUUGUCUCGAAGAUAAUAAAGUCCAAAGACUCUCAGCUGUACCGCCACCUUGAGAAGCUCCAAGCUGAAGACUGUUUCUUUGUGUAUAGAAUGGUUGUUGUAAUGUUCAGACGAGAGCUGACGCUUGAACAGACGUUUUGUCUGUGGGAAGUGAUGUGGGCAGACCAAGCUGCGAUCAGAGCCGGGAUGGGGAAGUCGGCUUGGAGCAGGAUUAGGCAGCGUGCACCUCCCACGGAUGAUUUGGUGUUAUAUGCAAUAGCGGCAUCGGUGUUGCAGAGAAGGAAGCUGAUAAUAGAGAAGUAUAACAGUAUGGAUGAGAUUCUAAGGGAGUGUCAUAGUAUGGCAGGGCAGUUAGAUGUGUGGAAGCUCUUGGAUGAUGCACAUGACCUUGUUGUUACUCUCCACACCAAGAUCGAACAUGCCUUCUCAUAAGAUUUUAUCUUAAUUAUGUGACUGGUGUUAAAUGCUGGGGGUUCUUGGUGAGUCCCCUGGUUCCUUGCAGGCCGAAUUGGCUUGUGAGUAUUCUGAAUCCUUGCUUAAUGAAGUGAAGCUAGAGAUUGGAAGAGGCUGGUGAAUAGAGACGUGUGUGUGUAUUUAAUUGAAAAUAAAUAUAUGUGUGUGUUGUGAAAACUGUGAAAAGAUUUGGGGGGGCCUUUGCAAAUUCCGUAGGGGAGAUUCUUUACUUGAGAAAUCAAAGCUGUUUCAUAAAAUGUGUGCCAGUAAACAAAGCUGUGGAAAAUGGAUUUUGAUGAGGAGAAAGUGUUAUUUUCGCACGCGUUGUUAACCGGAGAGAAGUCUUUAUCUGGUUAAAUAAAAUAUCAAAUUAUUAUGGUUAUA